AUGUCGUCCACCACCAACGCAUCAUCCAACGUCUCCAUUGACCAGUUCAGUGGAGACAACUAUGUGACUUGGAGUCGAUACAUGCGCAGUGUGUAUUUGACGAAGUCCGUCUGGCACGUCGUCAACCGUGAAGUGACUCCGACUUUCACCGACCCGCGAGCCUGCGAGGAAGCGUGGACACGUCUGAAGACGCUGUACGGUGGGUCGCAGAAGGCAGGACGCAUCUUCCUCAAGCAACAACUUUUCUGCACCAAGAUGGAUGAAGGCGCGAGCGUCAUGCACCACUGCAACAAGGUCCUCAACGUCUCCGCCAAGCUUAGCGGCAUCAGUGCGAAGAUGGAAGACGAAGACGUUGCAAUUUGUCUGCUACUCAGUCUUCCGAAGAGCUACGAAAAUGUGGUGCUCAACAUGGAAAUGAGCAGCGCCGAGCUUCGUACCCAGGAUGUGGUGAGAGUCCUGACGAAUGAGCAUGCCAAGCGUCAAGGAGAAAAAGAGACAACAAAAUCGACUACGGUGAAGGCUGAAGAUGCAAGCAAGGCAUUCAGCACCGAACGUGAGCCCUAUCAAUGCACGUAUUGUGGCAAGGAGGGACAUACGGUGGAUAGCUGCUGGACAAAGCAGAAGAACGAAGUGGGACAUUAUGAUGAAGGCAAUGGCUGCGAUCGAGUGGCGUUUGCAGUCUCGUUCGAAUGUGGAGUUUCGACGAGCAAGGACGUGUUUGGAAUGUGGGCCGUCGAUAGUGGUGCAACGCACCACAUUUGCCAUGACAAGACCAAGUUUGCAUGCUUGGCAGAGUGCAAUGAAGGCUAA